GCAGCGACACAAACUCCUCCGAGCCGCAGCGAGCAGCACAUCUCUGGACCAUGGGAUUCUAAACUCAAGACCAAACAUGAACACACGCCUGUAACUUUAUUUUUUUUUCUCCUUUCCUUUGCUCCGGUUCACUGGCCGACAGUGCGCGUCCGUGGAGAAAGUUCGCACCUCUACGCUGGACGCGGAGAUGCGCACGAAGUAAAAGUGACAGUGGUCCUCAUCGCUUCUACGGUCCUCAACAAGUUCUAAAACGCCAUGAAAGACGACUUUGCAGACGAGGAGGAAGUACAGUCUUUUGGAUACAAGAGAUUCGGGAUCCAGGAAGGCUCCCAGUGCACCAAGUGUAAGAAUGACUGGGCGCUGAAGACGUCUAUCGCUCUGCUCUACGUGCUGUGCACGCUCCUCACCAUCGCCGUGGCCGUGCUGGGAUACAAAGUGGUGCAAAAGGUUGACAGUGUGUCUGAAGACAUCGCAAAAUGUGGAGGGAAGAUAACCGCUUUUGAGACGGAUUUGCAAAACCUAGAUGAUCAAUCUGGAGCGAAGUCUGAAAAUACCUCGACGGGCAUCCAGGCCUUUAAGACCAACAUCUGGACUCUUCAGAGGCAGCUGUCUGCGGUGGAAGAGCGCAUCCACAGCGAUCAAGUUAAGCUCAAGCAGCUGCAGAACGUCGGCUCGGACCUUCAGAGCAGCCAGGGCUCCAUUCAGGUUCUGCUGAGCAGCAACACGGCCAGCCUGCGCAUCGUGAACAGCACCCUGCAGUCGUAUGGCGGCAUCAUCGAAAGCCUGCAGGAAGACACGAGCCGGCUGCAGAGGGAGCUCCAGCAGCAGGUCAAGCUCCAGAACCAGGCGCUGCUCAGCAUCAGCAGCCUGAACCUCACCCAGGCCCAGCAGAGGGGCCUCAUCGCCGCGCUGCAGCGCUCGGUGGACGACGCCAGCCAGGCCAUUCAGAAAAUGCGCAGCGACUUCCAGGGUCUGGAGCAGACCGCCCGGCAGACGCGCUCCGACGCCGAGUGGCUCCGCGGCAGAGUGGAGAACCUGCAGAUCCUCGCCAGCAACGUCUCGGCUCUGGCCAAGGCCGACAACGACAGCCUGGAGGACGUGGGGUCGCAGCUGGCUCUCAUGGCCGGCCAGCUCCAGAACACCAGCAGCCUGACGGAGUCGCACGACCAGACGCUCAGGGAGCUCCUGGACUGGCAGCGGGACUUCGGGAACCUCACGUCCGCGAACUUCGAUCGGUUGGAAUUGCGAGUGGACGAGUUCGAGCAGGGCGUGGACCGAGUGACGGGCAACGUCAGCUUCUCCACGCAGCUGCUGGGAGCCAUCAACCUCGACCUGAACGACCUGCGCUCCUGCUCGGAGACCGUCGGCCGCCACUCCGACUUCCUGUCGAACCUCAACAGCAGCGUGGCGGACAUGGCGACGGACGCCGCCGCGCUGAGGUCCCAGCAGGAGGAGCUGGCGGCGCGUCUGGACAGAGAGGUCACCGACCUCUCCAUGGUCAUGGAGGAGAUGAAGCUGGUGGACACCAAGCACUCCCAACUCAUAACCAACUUCACUAUUUUACAAGGUCCGCCGGGUCCCCGGGGCCAGAAAGGAGACAAAGGAUCUAAGGGAGCAGCUGGAGUGACGGGUCAAAAGGGAGACAGUGGAGUGCAAGGAGUGUCGGGAAGGCAAGGACCUAAAGGGCCGCCGGGCGUACAGGGACCUGCAGGUCUACCAGGGAUUAAGGGCCCGCGUGGGGCGCCCGGUAGCCCCGGAGUGAAGGGCGCCCGGGGGUCCGGAGGCCGCGCCGGACCUCCUGGAGAAAGAGGAGAGCCAGGUAUUGCCGGUCUGCCCGGAAGAGACGGACAGCCCGGUCCUCAGGGAGCGCAGGGCCCGGCGGGAAUCCGUGGCAUUGUGGGACCAGCUGGGGAGCCGGGACCGAGGGGCCUGCCAGGACCAGCAGGACCUCCAGGACCAGCAGGACUGCCGGGUCAGCCAGGAGUCCAGAUCCCCUUUGGACCUGUGUCCCUGCAGGACGAGGCGCUGUCUCCAACUCUGUGGAACUCAGGCUGUCCUGUGGAGUGGCGGAACUACAGCGACAAAUGCUACUUCUUCUCCAAAGACCUGCACAACUUCGAUGACGCAAAGAGAACCUGCGAAUCCACUUCUGCUUCACUACUGAUCAUCAACGACGACGAAGAGCAGAAAUGGCUGCAGAAGCAGAUUUCGAAAGGUUACUUCUGGAUGGGGCUGACCGACCGGGAGGAGGAGGACACGUGGCGCUGGGUGGACGGGACCGAGCCCACUUUCACAAAGUGGAAGGCCGGCCAGCCGGACAACUGGGGCCACGGCCACGGAACGGGAGAAGACUGCGCCGGGCUCAUCCACGAAGGGCUGUGGAACGAUUUCUUCUGUGAAGAUCUCAUAAGCUACAUCUGUGAGAAGGAAAUAGAGCCCUCGACAUCGCCUGAAUCAUAGCGACGCGACGGCGGCAAGCGCACAGUGAGCAGCUAGACUUCAGCCAUGUGGCACGGGUCCGCCGACGGUCCGUACGCAGGGAGCAAAGGGACGGUUUAGAAAAGGAGCCCGGGGGCUGCAGCAGCAGGCGUCCGCCCGACGCCGACGAGACGCCGUUCUCCUCCAGCCUGAAGCCAACAUCACCAGCAAGUGCAAUACAGCAGGGCAAAGGAGGGAGACCCCUUUUUUUUUUUUUUUAAUUACCAAAACACCAACUGAUUUAUAUUUCUGAAAAUGUUUUUGAAAUACAUUUUAUAAAACUGUACUCCAUGUACAACUGAAUAUCUGAAUGUAUAUUUCAUUAUGCAAGUUUUGUAGGAAAAUAUAAGAUUCUAUGAAGCCAAAUGGACUCACAGUAAAGCUUUUGUAUGUGUAUUUUUCCGAAUAAAAAAAGUGCAAGAUGAUGUGCAAAAAACCAGAAUGCCACUGAUGCGCUACCUUCAAGGACGUUGUCGUCAAAACUCAUGAAUAUAACGUUUCCAUUUUAUACAUGCAGGAGUAAAUUGAGUAUUUCCACAUCCAUUUAGAAAAGUGUGAGAAUCCGUUUCACUUUCCGGUCGAUAAGUUUGUGGUUAUUUACACUGUAUGCAAUUUAUUUCUCACUAUUACUCCUCAUUAUGUCCUUGUGUUCAAAAAUCUGUGACUCCUAUGAAUAUAAAAUGUUCCAUUCUCUGCACUCGGGUAUAUUUUUUUUGUUUAAAUAAAUAAAAACAAACAAAAAAAAAACCCACUUGAGUUUGAACAACACUACGGAUAAAUGAAGGAAGAACUCAAUAAAUAUGUAAAACCCA